AAGAUGCAAGUAGUGAUAGAAUUUCGAAUGAUUCUAGUUUAGUUAAUGAAAAUGAUUCUUUUUUGAUUAGUGAAGCAGACUCUUUUUUAAUUAGCAAAGCAGAUUCUGUUCAGGAAAGGGCCCAGGAGAUUAAAACUCACCUUGCGAUGAAAUAUAAAGGAAGAAUACCAAGAGAAAUUCGUAUUAAAGUACUUAGAGAUAUUCAGAGCAUAGAUGAGCCUAUUCUAUCUGAAUCAUCUAGAUCAUCUACUGCCUUAAAAAAAAGAAAGUUAGACUACUAUCUAUUGUUUCUGAAUGCCUAUUAUGAUACAAUUGAAGCUAUUAAUAAAGUUAAAGAAGCCAGAGCCAACAAGUCAUUAAUUAGAUGGAUCGUGAGUUCGGGUAUUUCAUUUUCUGCAUUUGAUAACUCAUACUUUGAAGAUUAUAUCAAAAUAUUAAAUCCUAGAUAUAAUUCACCUAAGCGCUAUACAUUAGCAGCAUCAAUUUUAGACGCAGAAGCAGCAAAUAUUAUACUAAAAAUAGAAAAAGAACUAUCUUAA